UGAGGCUGGGAGCGCCCCUUCUGCACCCCUGGCCGCCCGCGCCGCGCCCCGCGCCCACCAGAGGGCAGCACCACGACGCGCGCGGACAAGGCUGAGGCGGGAACGGCCGCACCCCCAGCCCCGCCCGGAGCCGCCCGGCCCCGCACCGCCCGCGAGUACCGACCCCCGGCGCCGGCGGGGAAACAGGUCCGGCGCCCCCGACCCCACGGCCCGGCCCCACUCUGUCUCUGACGUCAGCGCCGUGCCCCAAAUAACUUCCUCCCCGAGCCUCUUCCGCCGCGGCGCCGCGCCCAGAGCCAGGCGGGGACACCGAAACGGUAACCCCGGCCCGGCCUUCCCGGAGCCGCUUCCGCCCCGCCUGGUGCCAGGAAGCCCCCGCCCCGCCCAAGGGAUGGCAGCCGGGGCCGGGGUCGGCCGCCUGGACCGCAAUGGCGCGCGCCUGCGGAACUUCUGGGGCCUGGUGUCCCGGGAGGAGGGUCGCUGCGGCCAACCCCGAACCCCGCCCCAUGUCCCAUCGCCUCCCCUGCCCUCGGCCCCGCAAACACCCCUGGCCUUGACUUUCCCACCAGCAUGGCCCAGCCCCACUGUGUUCCAUCGGCGCUCAAUAAAAUACUGAAUGAGGCCGGGCGCGGUGGCUCACGCCUGUAAUCCCAGCACUUUGGGAGGCCGAGGAGGGCGGAUCACGAGGUCAGGAGAUCGAGACUAGCCUGGCCAACACGGUUAAACCCCGUCUCUACUAAAAAUACAAAAAAUUAGCCGGGCGUGGUGGCACGCACCUGUAGUCCCAGCUACUCAGGAGGCUGAGGCAGGAGUAUGGCUUGAACCUGGGAGACGGAGCUUGCAGUGAGCCGAGACUGCGCUCCAGCCUGGGCGACAGAGCGAGACUCUGUCUCAAAAAAUAAUAAAAAUAAAAAUAAUAAUAAUAAUAAUAAUAUAAUAAUGAAUGAAGCUGGACGGACUUCGCGUGCACCGCGGUCACCUCGGGGUCUGCUGGGGCGUCUGGGUCAGCUCAGGGUCCAGGAACCGAGGCCAACGGCACCCCGUGCUGCGCUGGGGUGAGGGGUCUGCCCUGGGGUCUCGGGGUUCAGGGCCAGGUCACGGAGGAGUCGGCUCCGGGCGCUUCCUUCCUUGGGAGAGGAGCUGGGCGAGCCGGGCCGACGGGUUGGGCGGCAUAGCCGGGCCUGUGCUCAUCUCCAGCAUAAAACUCCACUUCAUGGAUCCUGCACCUCGCUCGUGCUCCAACGCUUUUGCCACCGCCGACCACGGCCCUGCGCCCCAGCCAGGCCUGAGGACAUGAGGCGGCCCGCGGCGGUGCCGCUCCUGCUGCUGCUGUGUUUUGGGUCUCAGGGGGCCAAGGCAGCAACAGGUAAGCACCCAGGGCCCUGGGGUGGGAGGGACAGGAGCCGGCUGGACUGAGCCAGGGACACUCACACCCAGAGGGAAUUUGGAACGCACAAGACACUGGGGAAUUCCAGAGGAGGGGAAAGUGGGGGCUGUGUGGAACUGGAGCCCAGAAAGGAGAGGAGGAGGAAGGUCCACACAGGAGCAGGACGGGCAGCACAGAGCAUUGAGGCGCGGUGCAGGAUGAGGGCGGCAGGGUCUGAGGAUCACCCUGAACCGUGACUGGCCCCCUCUGGGUGGCUCCCUUGCAGAGGGCUUGACACCUGUUCUAUCCUUCCAGGCACCUGUUUGGGUCAGGCCCUGGGACAAGACCCUUCCCUGGGUUAUCUCAGUGCCUCCGUGGCCCCCAAGAGGCAGGUGUUAGGUUGCCUUUCCCGGCGAGGAGAGUGAGACUUGGGGGGCAGCUGGGGAGGGGCUGCCUGUAUCCCAGACUGCCUCGAAGCCCAGGCCUCCGACUUCCCCGAAGCCCAGGCCUCCGACUUCCCCAAGGUCUUCGGCCUGUGGUCGCCCCAGGAUGCUGAACCGAAUGGUGGGCGGGCAGGACGCGCAGGAGGGCGAGUGGCCCUGGCAAGUCAGCAUCCAGCGCAACGGAAGCCACUUCUGCGGGGGCAGCCUCAUCGCAGAGCAGUGGGUCCUGACGGCCGCGCACUGCUUCCCCAACACCUCUGAGACGUCCCUGUACCAGGUCCUGCUGGGGGCAAGGCAGCUAGUGCAGCCGGGACCACACGCUAUGUAUGCCCGGGUGAGGCGGGUGGAGAGCAACCCCCUGUACCAGGGCAUGGCCUCCAGCGCUGACGUGGCCCUGGUGGAGCUGGAGGCACCAGUGCCCUUCACCAAUUACAUCCUCCCUGUGUGCCUGCCUGACCCCUCGGUGAUCUUUGAGACGGGCAUGAACUGCUGGGUCACUGGCUGGGGCAGCCCCAGUGAGGAAGACCUCCUGCCCAAACCGUGGAUCCUGCAGAAACUCACUGUGCCCAUCAUCGACACACCCAAGUGCAACCUGCUCUACAGCAAAGACACUGAGUUUGGCUACCAACCCAAAACCAUCAAGAAUGACAUGCUGUGCGCCGGCUUCGAGGAGGGCAAGAAGGAUGCCUGCAAGGGCGACUCGGGCGGCCCCCUGGUGUGCCUCGUGGGUCAGUCAUGGCUGCAGGCUGGGGUGAUCAGCUGGGGUGAGGGCUGUGCCCGCCAGAACCGCCCAGGUGUCUACAUCCGUGUCACCGCCCACCACAACUGGAUCCAUCGGAUCAUCCCCAAACUGCAGUUCCAGCCAGCGAGGUCGGGCAGCCAGAAGCGAGACCCCCGGGGCCAGGAGCCCCUUGAGCAGAGCUCUGCGCCCAGCCUGCCCGCCCACACCAUCCUGCUGGUCCUCCCAGCGCUGCUGUUGCACCUGUGAGCCCCACCAGACUCAUUUGUAAAUAGCGCUCCUUCCUCCCAUCUCAAAUACCCUUAUUUUAUUUAUGUUUCUCCCAAUAAAAACCCAGCCUGUGU